AUGGGAAAAAUGAUUGAGCAACCUCGUGUGGAGCUUUCCAGAGUUGCAGUUUCUGAAACUCAUGGGGAAGACUCUCCCUAUUUUGCUGGAUGGAAAGCCUAUGAUGAGAACCCUUACGAUGAAUUAACAAACUCCUCCGGAGUUAUACAAAUGGGAUUGGCGGAAAAUCAAGUUUCAUUUGAUUUGCUGGAAAAGUACUUGGAGGAACACUCAGAAGCCUCUACCUGGGGAAAAGGAGCUCCUGGUUUCAGAGAGAAUGCUUUGUUCCAAGACUAUCAUGGACUUAAAUCAUUCAGAACAGCAAUGGCGAGCUUCAUGGAACAAAUAAGAGGAGGUAGAGCAAAAUUUGACCCAGAUAGAAUGGUCCUCACAGCAGGAGCAACUGCAGCCAAUGAACUCUUAACCUUCAUUCUUGCAAACCCAGGAGAUGCUCUACUGGUUCCAACCCCUUACUAUCCAGGAUUUGAUAGAGAUUUAAGGUGGAGAACUGGGGUGAACAUAGUUCCAAUCCAUUGUGACAGUUCAAACAACUUCCAAAUCACUCCUCAAGCUUUGGAGGCUGCAUAUAAGGAAGCAGAAGCCAAGAACACAAAAGUGAGAGGAGUAUUGAUCACAAACCCUUCAAACCCCUUGGGUGCAACUACUCAACGCUCGGUUCUGGAGUAUCUUCUUGACUUCGUGACUGAAAAAAAUAUUCACCUUGUCUCAGAUGAAAUCUACUCAGGCUCAGUGUUCUCCUCCUCGGAGUUCGUGAGUGUUGCAGAAAUCCUCGAAGCUCGCCAAUACAAGGACGCAGAAAGAGUUCACAUUGUUUAUAGUCUCUCCAAAGACCUUGGUCUUCCCGGUUUCAGAGUUGGCACUAUUUAUUCAUACAAUGAUAAUGUUGUGACCACAGCGAGAAGGAUGUCAAGUUUCACCUUAAUAUCCUCUCAGACACAGCACCUUUUGGCUUCUAUGUUGUCUGAUAAGAAGUUCACUGAGAACUACAUUGACACCAACAGGGAGAGGCUGAGAAAGAGGUACCAAAUGAUCAUUGAAGGGUUGAGAAGUGUUGGCAUAGAGUGCUUGAAAGGGAAUGCAGGGUUGUUUUGCUGGAUGAAUCUGAGUCCACUUCUGGAGAAACCAACUAGGGAAGGAGAAUUGGAGCUUUGGAAUGCCUUUUUGCAUGAAGUGAAACUCAACAUAUCUCCGGGGUCUUCUUGCCAUUGUUCUGAACCAGGUUGGUUCAGGGUGUGCUUCGCAAAUAUGAGCGAGAAGACACUGGAAGUGGCAUUGGAGAGAAUACGUAACUUCAUGGAACGAAUAAAGAAAGACUAA